CGGGCAGCCUGUGACCAUUAACUCCCACCCCAGCUCCACGCGAGCGCGACUCCCCCGCCCCCGCCCCGGCUCGCGUCGGAAGGAGGGUGUCCCGAGGCCCCAGCGCACAGGACCGCUGCUGCCAAGGCCAUGCUCUCAGCCCUGGCGCUCCUCGCGGGCGUCCUGCUCCCCUGCUGGGGCACGUUUCCGCAGUUUAAAGGGCAGCUGACGAAGAUGAAUGGAGCUUUGUGUUCCCAUCACUCGGAGUGCUACAGUGACUGCUGCCUCUUGGACUUCAACCGAGGUGACACCUUCUGUGCCCCCAAGGCUAGAAGAGCCAUGGAGUGCUUGCCCCAGACCAAGGGAGCCACCAACAUCUUAUGCCCCUGCCAGCUGGGCCUGCAUUGCAUAUCCAAGAGCAUGGGCUGUCCCCCCCAGUGCCAUUUGUUUUAGAGGAGGAUGGGGGCUGGUCACUGCCAUCCUCCUUCCCUCCCUUGGAGCCAGAGGUCUCUGGAGCCCCCACGUUGUU